UCUAUCUCGUGUCGGAAGCCGCCAUUUUAAUGGAAGAAAGUUGACAGGGGAUAUUGUAUUAAUCAAAAUUCCUCUUUACAGCCCAAGCAUGCCACUGGCAGUAAACGCUGAUCCAUGGAAGCCCAUGGAAGUGGCGGACAAUGAUGUUGAAACAGGAUCAACAGAAGAUAUGCUUAUAGAUGAGAAUGACAAUGAUCCACAGAUGAGAAAUAUCUGUUUGACUGAAUUAACAAAGGAUGGAGAAAAGGUGGAUCCAUCUACAUUUGAUUUGCUCAAGGUUCUUGGCCAAGGAUCAUUUGGAAAGGUUUUCCUGGUGAGAAAGAUAAAAGGAGCUGAUGCUGGCACCCUGUAUGCUAUGAAGGUUUUGAAAAAGGCAACUUUAAAAGUUCGUGAUCGCCAAAGAACAAAAAUGGAACGUGAUAUACUAGCUGACAUUAAUCAUCCAUUUGUAGUGAGACUGCACUAUGCAUUUCAGACAGAAGGAAAGUUGUACCUAAUUUUGGAAUUUUUAAGAGGUGGUGAUCUGUUUACAAGAUUGUCUAAAGAGGUGAUGUUUACUGAAGAGGAUGUGAAGUUUUACCUGGCUGAGCUGGCUAUGGCCUUGGAUCAUUUACAUUCAGUUGGUAUUGUCUACAGAGAUCUGAAGCCGGAGAACAUUUUACUUGAUUCAGAUGGUCAUAUCAAAUUAACAGACUUUGGACUGAGUAAAGAAUCUGUAUUUGAAGAAAAGAAGACCUAUUCUUUUUGUGGUACAGUGGAGUAUAUGGCCCCUGAGGUUGUCAAUAGAAAGGGUCACGGUACUGCAGCAGAUUGGUGGUCAUAUGGUGUUCUUAUGUUUGAAAUGUUGACAGGUGCUUUACCAUUCCAAGGGUCCAACAGAAAGGAAACUAUGACUCAAAUAUUGAAAGCCAAAUUAGGUAUGCCACAGUUUUUAAGUCCGGACGCUCAAGGAUUACUGAGAUGUUUAUUUAAAAGAAAUCCAGCUAAUAGAUUAGGGACAGGUGCCAAUGGCAUAGAAGAUAUGAAGAAACAACCAUUUUUUUCCACCAUAGAUUUUGAUAAACUGUAUAAAAAAAUAUUAAACCCACCUUUUAAGCCAGCAGUAGUACAAACAGAUGAUGCUUUUUAUUUUGACCAAGAAUUUACAUCCAGAACUCCAAAAGAUUCCCCGGGUAUCCCACCAUCAGCUACAGCUCACGAAUUAUUCAGAGGCUUCAGUUUUGUGGCACCAGCUUUAUUAGAUGACAACCAUGAGGUUAAGAAUCCAUUAUUGGACAAUCAUAAUCUGAAAAAUCUACCUGGUGUCAAGGCCAUAUCGUUUUCUGAAGAAUAUGAAAUGAAAGAGGAUAUAGGAAUAGGCUCUUACUCUGUAUGCAAGAGAUGUAUCCACAAGUUGUCAGGGCAGAGUUAUGCAGUAAAGAUCAUGGAAAAAGAAAAAAGGGACCCAUCAGAAGAAGUAGAAAUUUUAUUACGAUUCGGUCACUAUCGUAACAUAAUACGAUUACGGGAUGUAUUUGAUAAUGGUAAUAAAGUUUACAUGGUGACAGAAUUAAUGCAAGGAGGAGAACUUCUUGACAAAAUAUUACGGCAAAAAUUUUUCUCUGAAAGAGAGGCCAGUGCAGUUCUACAAGUUGUUACGAAAACAGUUGAAUAUUUACAUUCUAAUGGGGUUGUUCAUAGAGAUUUAAAGCCAUCAAACAUAUUGUAUGCAGAUACAAGUGGAUCACCCGAUAGUCUACGUAUUUGUGAUUUUGGAUUUGCCAAACAGUUGAGAGCAGAUAAUGGAUUAUUGAUGACACCAUGUUAUACAGCAAAUUUUGUAGCACCUGAGGUGCUAAAAAGACAGGGGUAUGAUGCAGCCUGUGAUAUCUGGAGUUUAGGUGUAUUGUUAUACACCAUGUUAGCAGGACACACUCCAUUUGCAAAUGGUCCAAAUGACACACCUAAUGAUAUCUUGUCCCGGAUUGGCGUUGGAAAGUUUAAAAUAAGUGGUGGCAAUUGGGAUAGUGUAUCUGAAGGGGCAAAGGAUUUGGUACAAAAAAUGUUACAUGUCGAUCCAUCAAGGCGUCUCUCUGCUACCCAAGUGCUCAAUCAUCCAUGGAUUGCUCAGCGAGAAGAUCUGUCAGAUAAACAAUUGAUAUUAAAUGGACCUACACUUAAGGGUGAAGUAAGGGCUAUGUUCAAUGCUCUCAACAAUUCCCCAAAGCCUGUUCUAGAACCAGUUGGUGCCUCCCGUUUAGCACAAAGACGAGGCAAGAAUAGGUCCAACAGUUCUACAGCAGUGUGAUUGUCUUCCUAGCAUGGUCAUACUAACCUUCAGGACUCAUCAUCAGAUGUGUGUUGACCACCAAAUCAACAACAUUCUGUACUUUUAUCAGCCAUUUCAGUUAAAAGGGAAAGACAGGUCACAUAAUGUAUAUACAGAUAGUGCCACUUCUCUCAGACUAUGACAUUUCUCUGCAUCGUGUAUAUUGAACCCUGAUAUAAAACCUGGACAUUUGUUUUUCAGGUGUUAAUGUUUAAUUAGAUAAACAAAUGUCUAUGUAUUAUACAGGAUAGUACUAUUUGUAAGUGAAAAGGGACAGUAUGUUAAUUAUAAGGCUAACUAAAGUCUCAAAUUCAUUGGUCACUGAAACAUUUCCAUAAAUUUUUUUUCUUUUUCUUCAAAAAGUUGAUUAUAUUUUUAUCCAAAAUUUUUGAAGCAACCAUUCUUAUCAAGGUCUACAUGUCUUGUUCGUGUGUCAUAGUACCUGAUAAAAUCAAGUGUAUUUAAUUCACUGGAAUUUUUGUAUUUGUAAUUAGGCUUGUAGAAUUUCAAUUACUACCACAUUAGAAAUAUGACAGUUUGUUAGUUUCUCCCAUGUUAUAUGAUCAAAUAUUUGUUCCAACUUUAUAAUUUAUAUGUUAUAAGGUUUUUUUUCUCACAAAAUUGUUAUAUUUUAUGGUCAAUUUUUUUGAAAUUUUUCACAUUGUUUUAUAUUAAAUGCUUCCAUAUUUAUAUAACAUUUAUUUAUUAGAUAACACUAUAGACAUACUGUUACUAGGUUGCUUUAGGUUCUGGCUACGAGGGCCUUGAUGGCUAUCUGACGAAAUCAUACCUCAUGACGCACAUCAUUCACAACAGGAGAGCAAAGCCUACUUCAAGUCUCGGAUGUGAUAACCUUGAUGGCUGUCUACUCUGAAGAAACCAUACCUCAUGAAGCUCUCCAUUCAGUAUAGGGAGCAAGCAUGUGAUGAACAUAUAUUACAUGCAUUAUUUACUCAGAUGCUAGUAGAUUUACAACUUAUACAAAUUAGAAGUAUUUGACUUGCAUUGUACAUUGCAUUGAUUGAUUUAUAUGACUUCCUAAAUACAACUUGCAUAAUAACCAGAUAGAUUUAAACUAUGUGUUAUGAUGAAGUGAAAACAUAACUGUAGGUCUAUUCAACCGCUCUGCGUGGUAAACACUGAGUUUGUGGAUCAGUGAAAAGACCUCUGAAACCAUCAGUAUAUUUGAAUCUUUCCAAGUGACAGGCCUGAAUGUUUUUUGUACCAUAAGCCAUCUUUUCUUUAAUAAGAUAACAAAAGAACAAGCAAGAUUAUAGCUAGUACCUUAAGAUAAUUGAAUAGUAUCAUGAGUAUAUUAAAUAAAGUUUUAUAUUUCCAAAAACAAUAUAUUAGCUUUUUUGUAACACUAUACUUUUCCUGUUAAUAUAAAAGGUAGCAUUCCUGAAUACUAAUUGUAAAUUAGAAGAUAUAAGAAUAUUAUAUUAUAUAAGUUUAAUUUUUGUAUUGAAGAUUUAUUCUGUGACUGAAUGGUUAAGAGUGUAAGAUGGUACCGGUGAGAGAGAGAUCAUUAAUAGAACAUUUCAACAUAUCCCUUGUUUCUAAUUUUGUUGUCUAGACGAGAAAUAUCAACGAUAAUGUAUCUAACAUUUAUGAGUAACAUACAGAUUACACAACUUUUUCUCUACAAACUUCAGUUAGCUUAAAUUAUUUAUAAUUUCAAAACACUUGAUUAAUAUUCAGAAUGGAUAUGGGGAAUAUUUAACUUAAUAUGUGUGUUUGUGAGCAUUUAAACAAAUGUUAUUAAACUUUGAUGUGUUUAUCAACUGCUUGUUAUACAUAUUUUUUUAUAAAUUGUUUGCACAUAGGUAUUACCGUAUUUUACCAUUUUAUACAUCUUGGUACAGUUUGGAUUUGAGUGGAGUUGUUAGUACUUAGAAGGAAUGAUAAAAUAUUUUUGAAACAUUUUUUUAAUAUCUUCUUAAACCUUAUGACUCCUAUAAUCUGAAACAAUUGUAUUCUUGUUUCAUCUUACUGCUUUCUGUUAUUUUUUAAUGCAUUUCAUGUAGUGUUUUAUAUAGAUUAGGAAUCAACACUGUCUUAUAAUCUAUCUGAAAAAAAUCAUGAAACAUUUGUCACUGAACAUAACUGCAAACAACAGUCAACCAAUCCUAUCUUUAUAUGAACAAUAAUAAAAGAAAUAUUCUAAAUUUUCUUCAUUUUCCAUCAACAAUUCUUUUUCAGUUUUCAGCUUAUACUGAAAAUCUAUAUUUCAUUUUUCAAAUAUAGUGUGCCAUCAGUUUUGACUCUUUUAUCAAAAUUCUUUUGCAUAAUAGUUAUAAAUAGGUCUAGAAUUCCAUGUUUAACAAACAACUCCCAAAUUGUAUGGAUAUGAAACAUGUGAGCUUAUUUUAACAGUACAUGUCCAAAGUGAUAGUGAUACCAUAAUAGUAUUACCAUCAUAAGCUUCACUUCCAUUUUUGCCAAAAUAAUAAUAAAUUUUCAACUUGCUCAGAAUUCCUUCAUUAAUGUGUGUUGUUACCAUUGAUGUAUACAUUAGUGCUAUUUAUAUGUCGGUGAAGAUAUUAAAAUGAAUUACCUUUUAUGACAACACUCUACGAAUAUAGAAGUUUUCCUACCAAGUGGUCAAUUAUUUUCCUUUUGUAUUAUAAUAGGGGCUAUUAAAAAAAAACAAUUUGAGUUUGAAUUUUAACUGGGGGUGGGGGUUUGCAACUAAAUGCUAUAAGAGGGGAUCCCCUACAGUCAUGCUUCAGUGAUUCCUUAUAUAAUGAAAUAAACUACCAACAAAUGCAAGAAUAAAAAAAAUGUACAUCUAAUCUAGAAUAUCCAUGAUUGCUAUGAUGAAUUUAAAUUAUGUAUUCUGAACCUUACACCACUGACCAUAUUACUGUAAAAGAUAAAGAUAAAUUGUCUUAAUUUUAGAAGGAGAACAAAAAGAGGUUAAGCCCUUUUUUUGGGGGGGAAGAUAAUUCAUUUUCUCAUAAAAUCUUGACAAAAUGUAGAAAAAAGAAGCUAAACAAAGGGUCUGACCGAACACAGAAUUAUAAUUAUUUGUUUUCUUUUUUAUUACAACUUAUCGAAACCCCUUAAAAACCAUACAUAGACUGUUAGAAUUCCUACAACCAUAUCUCAUACUCCACAACCCUGCAUCAUUGAUUUGUUUGUCCUUAUCUGUUGUUUCUGGAUCUAAACCCAAUAAACUGACUUCAAAUGGACCUUAACUCUUAAGUAUGAUUAAACAAUUUGUCUAUUUAUUUAAAUAUUCCUUUUAACUCUGAUGUUCCUUGUCAGACAACUAACUGUGCCAUACAAAUAUUAUAAAUCUUUAAAUUGUUGAAUGGUUAGUCCUCUUGAGAGCAUGUGACAGUCUUUAGUAGGUACAAGAGGAAGCUCAAUGCUGUAUUGAAGGCGUUUGACAAUAAAAUGGGUUGCUACUGUUUUAGAAAUGUGAAAACAUAACCACCAGCUUUUUUGGUUGAAAUAACAUAUUUUUACAUUGAUGAUUGCUUGUCCAACAACACUUUUAUAAAGUAAAUUUUAAGUAUGGAAAUUGGUUGUAAAGUAUUUAAACGAUAUUACUUACCAUAUCCAAGUUAACUAGGAGCUGAUCCAAUUUAAUCAGGUCAUUUUGAGAGUUAUAUUGUGAUUGUCCAAACUCUAAUUAGGUAACUUCAUCAUAUUUAAUUUGAUUUCUAGCAAGCCAUUUUGGAUUCAUCAGCUGAUUCAUCAGCUAAUAGCUCCUGUGAAAGGAAUAGAAUCUGGCAAGAUUUGAUGAAUGAUUGAAAGAAAGUUUAAAUGAGAAUUGAUAUACAUUAUGUCAAGUAUGAAAGACGAGCCUGUGUGAGUGAAUCAGUUGACUUGAGCAUAAGUGAUCAUAUUGUUUUCUCCACAUACAUGUAUUACAUUUAAGACAACUAUUAAGCAGGGCUUUUGAAUUAGCAAUGAUCACUUAGCAUAUGAUAAGAUUUUCAUUUUUUUUUUUAACUAUUGUAUAUUUAUACAAUCUUCAUUCUUUAUAAAAUACAUAUCUUGAAAAAAGGAAAUGCCAACAUUUGAGUGAAAAAAUUGAAUCCGUUUUCCGGCAGAAUUUUUAGUAAUCUAGGUCUUUAACCACAUGAUCUGUCUUAUUUACGCUUCCAACAACAAAAAUCUUGAAUUGACAAUAGUAUUAAAAUCAUUUGCAUAAUAUUGGUGGGAAAUGAAAAUGUCUUCAUUAUUAGGAUUUUAAAAAAAAGGUGUUUAUAAAAGAGAAGAUAAUUUCAUGUGUGUUUACAAUUAAGAUGUUUGGUAUUUUUUCACUUACUUGCAUUUAUUAUAUAUUUUUUGUGUAUCUUUAACCUAUCUUCUAGAAUCUUUAAUAAAUCGCAUUUUGUCUCUUUAUAUCCUAAAAACAUUUUUUGGCACUUGCGUUUUCUUUUGAAUCGUGUUUUUUGAUAACUUACAUAAUGUUACUAGUAUAUUUGUUUUACUUACAUGCAUCAUAUAGUGCUAAUAUUAAGUGCUUUUUUGUUACCAUGGCUCCCAUAUAUGAUUUAUAGAACAAAACAUAUUUAUAGGUGUAUUUUGUGCUGUCUAGUAUUUAUAGUUUUUGUACAUGUAUCUGUAGAUUCCCCAUCACACGGAGCUGUAUUUUGGUGUUUAAGCGAGAGAAAAAAACUUAGAUACAGCUAAGAAAUAUAUGAGUGGUAAUUGCUGUAAUAAUUUUUGAUGAAUUUCCUUACACUUGAAAGUAACUGAGUUCUGUAUGUAGAAUAUAUAGACCUUUAAGUAUGUAGGUAAUUGUUACUUAUUUUCAAUUUUGUUACUUUGAAUUUUUGAAACUACUUUUCUAUUGAUUUUGGUAGUUAAGUUAUCUCUUACGUGUAUGGAUUUUCUUCUCAAUAUUUUUGGGCACAGCCAAUAUUUUUAUGUUGGGAAUGUUUUCAGAUUUUUUUCUGUAAGAAAAUACUGCAAAAAUAAAGAGAUAUUGAAUAAGAAAGUGAAAAUUGUUUUGCAAAGUAAGCGUUUUUGUUUAAAAUUCUGGUUAAAUUGGUAUAUUAAGUUAUAAAAUUAUAUAAAUAUAAAUAUCAUUUAUUCUUGAUUGAUACGCUUAAUAUUGAAAAUGACUUUGAAAUGCUGUAUUUAAAACAUUUUGAGAGAGUGAGAGAAAAAUAAGGUUUUGUAAGUAUUGGAAAUAACAUGAACAACUUUAAGAAUUUAUGAUGGAGAUGUUUCAAUAAGUCAGAAGAUGAUAAUUUUUAAGCUCACAUUAAUAAUUAAGUAUAAUACCACAAGCAUUGAGAAAACAUUGUAUACUCCUGCAGAAUUACAGCCCAGUGUGAUGGUCAGAGAAGAUGCUAAGCUCUAUUUUUGUAAUAAAAUAUCAUUGUUAUUCUGUAUUUGUUAUUGUAAAAAUAUCAUUCAUUCAGAGGACGUAUCAAUACUUACUAAAUAAUAAAAUAGUUCUCAAACGUU